AUUUUGUAAAAUAAUUUCUAAAGAGGAUUCCCAGAAAGUUAAACAGUCUUCAGCAGAUUAGAGCUUCAAGUCAUGUGAAUUCACCAGCGACUUGUAAGAACCAGAGAAUCAGAGAUAUGAUCAGAACCAAGCAAGAAGAGCUACUUCCUUGACCCUGUCACCAUGGCAAUGACCCCAACAUCAUCCAUGGAAGCCUACGCUCCUCCAGACUGUCUCUGGAGGUUGGUGGAGGAGAAUGUCGCUCCUGGCGAGAGGCAAGAGAUCCGUGAUGUCCUUGGGAACUCAAUGGUGGACCAAAGCCUUGAACUUCACACAGAGGUUGAAGCGUUGCUGGAGAUUUGGCAAGACUAUCGGCAGGAGGCAGAGCCAACAUUACCCCUGUCCAAGGUGCUGCCGGAGCCCCCACUUCUGAGAAAAAGCCUGAAGGGGCAAAUCCGAAUUCUGGUGGAGAGUCUGAAAGAACGGGCAAAGGAAGAAGGCAGGGAUUCUGGCUUGAGCUUGUCCAGGCAAAACAGCGAAGUUCUCGACUACGCACUGAAUGACAGCCCAAGAGAUUGUAGCACCCCGGCUAGUCCACGAAGACCCUCGACUGCUUUCAGUAUCCGAGAUGGACGAGAGACACCCAUGAGAAUGACGCCCUCUAGUGACGGGGAUGAACUAUCGGCAACAUCCACACUCAGCGACCGGGUAGACUCGGUCAAGGACCAACUGACCUAUCUCCAGAUAGACGAAGUCAUCCACGAUUUGAGGAGCGCCUUGGAAGACGAAGUCAGCCAGCUGCUGCAAGACAUCAGAUUCUUGCAAGGAUGCCUGGAGGAGGAGUCAGACUUCCGAGCGCCGUCCAGAAUGGCGACACAGAUACAGGAACCGUCCAUCCAAGAUUUACGAGCAGAGAAGAGUUUGUUGGAGAAACAGCUGGAAGAGGCCUCCUCUAGGAGCACAAUCAACAUCAUCAACUCCGUCCGACCAAAGACAACAGCAACACCUCCCUCUCCAAAGAAGCUUCCAAGCCCAUUGGUGCCCUCAGGCAGGAGCUCUUCCAAGCUGCGUCCGUCCCCACCACCCUCAGCAAGCAAUGGAGCCAGGCAGGGUCCCUUCAAGGUUCCACCAGCAACCUUGGGAAAAGCUAGAACCUCAGGCAACAGAGGGGACAACUGCAGACUCGAGACGAAGAGCAGAGAGAAAAAAGUAGCAACCCAUACACCUAGCUCUGAAGCCCACAAGAAGCCUUCCAUCCAAACCAUAGCAAGUCCCCCUCACAGCCCUGCUUCCAGAACUCUAUCCUCAGGACCCCGCGAUCCAUCGUUAUCCCCUCCGCCAAAUCUCCGGCCGUCCCCGCCCUCCUCCGGCAAACCGCCCAUGGGACGACCCACCUCCGCCCAGCGAUUCAGGACCAGGGUGCUGGAAGCCCGGCAAGGGAAGACGUAGCAGGACUUGCAUGGCUAGUCUAACGGAUGUCAGGGUCGAUUCCUUCCCUUCUUCACACUUACUUCAGAGAUUU